AACAAAUUGGAGGGAAGUAUCCUGACGCUAAAAUUGAUUCCCGCUAUUUGAAGUCUCCAGAUUCGCUGGCCGACUCAUUCUCUCAUUCUCUAGAGUCCAGAACGGAAUCAACGGAUACAAUUACACGAAGAUAGUGAAACAGGAGGGACAUGAUAACUCCUGAAGCUGCUAUGGAAGAGAAAUCUGACGGCCUGGAGAUCGUCUCAGUCGGCAAGCUUUACAGCGGUCCUUGGGAAAAGAAGUACUGGAGCUCCUCUAGGGGAAAAGACCGCUAUCCUUAUCCCAUCGGAUAUAAAGGUUUACGCAAUCAAAAUGGAGUAACAUAUGAAUUGGAAAUCCUUGAAGGGCUUAAAGGGCCACUCUUUCUGAUUACUGCUGCUGAUGGCCAAUCAAAUAGUGGGCGAACUCCUGAUAUUGCAUGGGAGUGCUUUCAGAAGAAAGGAUGUCCACGGAUCAAGUCAUUGCCUGGGAAGAGAUUCUCAUGUAAAAUAGAUGGUGUUGAAUUUUUUGGCUUCAAAAAUGCAUCUGUCCAGAGGUUACUCAGGGAACUGGUCGCAGAUGUCAGUGAAACUGCUGAAAAGCUUCAGCCAGCUUCCAACUACCCUAGCAGGGUGGCUUUGGAAACUAAUCAUCCAAGCCAAUGCAUUAAAACAGAUGUAGAUCCUGAUUUGCCUCUACACAUGAAAAAAACAGAAAUAACAGGAAAGAGAAGUAGGACAGAAAAGAUAAAGACCAUCAACUCAAACAGUAGUACUGGCCUGAAGAAGGAUAGACACCGGAAGAAACAAUGCACCGCUGAUGCUUCACAUUCUAUUGGCAGGAUCCAUGAAUCGAUAAAAAGUCCAAAAGUGCUGCCUGGAUCUGUGAGAUUGGAAUGUGUGGUGCAAAAAGAACAAAACCAAGGUCUAGAAGAGGAUAGUUCACAAUUGGCAUCUAUGAUUACAAAUGAUCAUCAUAACGAGCAUUAUUUCCUUCCACAAGAUGAAAACAAAUGUUCUAGUAAUGAAACUCAACCAUCCUUGGAAGAAGUGCGUGCUUUGCAUAAAGAUGGAAAGCCUUUUGAUAGGUCUGACGUUUUCAAAGGUGAGGUGCAUGCUAAUCCUUCCAUAAAGCAAACGAUUGAAGAAAUGCUGGACACAAAUGAUUUGCACCUAAUUAAUGAUGCAAAACUUAAUGCACUUAAUACCUUGGAUCACCUGAUAGAUGACUCUUCUAAUCGUGCUUCAACCAAUAGGGAUGAUGAUAUAACUGCUCAUGACACAACUCUUUCUGAUGUUUUAAGGACUAAUUCACAUAUUGAAGAAGAAAUAGGAAUACCUUGUUCAAAUUCAAGCUCAGUAAAGACUGAGUGUAAGCGAUAUCAUCAGGAAGUAGCCAAGCCAAUGAGGACAGAUUUGCCUCCUGGAGCACUUCCUUCAUUUAAGACAUUCUCAAGGAAGAAGAAAAAUGCAGAGCCCACAGGAAAAUCUCCUUACAUGUUUCAGGAAGAAACUAAGAGUGACCUUGAUAGUAUUACAUCUGUCAGCAAGCUUUCUGAGAACUUAAAUUUGGAAAUGAAGAAGGAAGACAUUAAAUUUGCUCAAAGAGAUCAAGUUGCAGUUUUACCAUGUGGUGGACAUGUAGAUUCCAUUGUUCCUGAUAGUUUGGAUGAUUAUGAGGAUGUGUAUGUUCCAGAUACUGAACUACCUGAAUCAUGUGAAAUUGUCAAAAAUGAUGAAAGUUCUCCAGAUCUUGAUACCAGACUGUGUGGAACACCAAAGCUACCCGAUGUUGUUGACUCAGAAGAAGGUUCACGAGAUUGCAAUGAUUUCCAGAUAGAUUUAUGUGACAAUGCCCAUGACUUACGGAUAAGUGAUACCAGCAUGGCAUGCAAAACAACUUUGGAAACAGUUAGUAACACCAUAGAUGGAUGUGGGGUUGUUGCUAUUGAAGUCCUCACUAUUGUUGAACCCAUGCGAGAAAAUGUUCCUCUCUCCGAAAGUAUCAUAUGCAGGGAAUUCAGAGAUGACUCUGAUGGAGAGGCUUGUGCCAAAGUAAGCCCUUCAAGCGCUGUGCGCCCAUCAAAAUGGCAUGACCAUGUCCGGAGCCAAGUGGAAAGAGAAUUAUCUGGUAAUGAACAAAAAGUUGGUCGCUCACCUCUAUUUGCCCAUGUUGAGGAUAGAGCAACAAGUGUUGAUGGUGUGCUUCAUGAUGUGACUACUCUGCUUCAACGUGAAGAAAAUAAUAGGAUAUUGGAUGGUGAUUAUAAUUCAGACGCUCAUCCAACUAAUUCACGCCAAGAUGACCAAAAUCUUGAUGAAGUUGGUGAACACACUGAUGAUCAAAAUUAUGUUAGUUCUUCAUUGUCAUACAUGCAAAAUUACAGGAUGGAUACUUAUGGUUGCUUGAGCGGAAAGAAAAUUGAAAGUGAUGAUUCAAACAUCACUAGUACGGGUAUAAAUGAUACUAAUAACAAGCUAAAAGGAUCUUUAAAACUUGUUUCUUGCUACGUUCAUCCUGUGCCAGUUUCAAUGGUUCUGGUAGCUGCCACUGAAGAAGUAAUUCAUAUAUGUGUUUUAUGUGGCCCCUAUUUGCAAAAGGAAAGGAAGCUGUUUAUAUAUAAGGCACCCCUGAUGGGAGAAGACGAGGGGCACCCUUCUUUUGUUGGCUAUGCAUCAUUAGGUUUACCAUUUGGAAGAGACAUCGAACUAGACAGUUCUGCUAUGCAGUUUUCUCCUGAUGGGCAUUUCCUCCUGUUGUUGAAUAGUAUUAAAGUUCCAUGUUGCAGGGAGGGUAAUGUAUAUUGUCCCUGCUCAGCAUGUGGAUCUGAUCUCCAGGACAACGCAGUAAAAAUUAUGCAAAUUAAAGCAGGUUAUGCAUCUGUCAUAGCUAGAUUACAGUCGACGGGAAGAAUUUGCUGCAUUUUAGUCUGUAGACCUCAUCACCUCAUUGCUGCUGAUGACAGUGGGAAGCUGUACAUUUGGACAAUGAACUCAACAUGGAGCGAGAAGACGGAAGAGUGCUUUGUGCAAUCACCAAGUUGCAUGACUCAUUUAACAGGGUUGAAGAGAAUACCAAACCUCUUGCAUUUGGUUCUUGGCAUUAAUGGAUUGGGGGAGUUCAGUGUAUGGGAUAUAAACAAGAGAGUUCUUGUUUCCAAAUUCUCUUCUCCUCAUACUUCAGUUUUUCAGUGUGUUCCUCUUAGUCUGUUUACAUGGAAAGUAGGAUGCAAUAUCCUUCAAGAUCUGUGCAUUGGGGAAGUUUUUGAUAAAAUUGUUGAUUCCACUAAGGCAUCACUUUCAGUAAAAGGUGGCAAUGAAGUUGUCAGCUACGUAGAGGGUGAUGAGGUGGUGGUUUGGCUUUUGGUUUCAACUGCUCCAGAUUGUGAUGAACUUGGGUAUCAGUACCAAAUAAGUGAGCAAUCAGACCCACUUAGAUGUUGGAGGCUUGCAUUACUGGCAAAUAACACUGUAAUCAUGGGCGAUAUGUUGGAACCCAGGACUGCUGCAGUAGGUGCUUCUGUUGGAAGUGGAAUUAUUGGUACAAGUGAUGGACAUGUCUACAUGUGGGACUUCGUCACUGGAACUAAAAUUGGAAGCUUGCACCACUUCAAAGAUGGGUCGGUUUCGAGUAUAGCCACAGAUGAUUCACAUAUGGGUGCUUUGGCUAUAGCUAAUGAUGGAGGUCAACUGAUUGUGUAUUUGCCCACUUGAAGGGGUUCUGCAAAUUUCAUGCAUAACAUAAAUGAGCCUGCAUUCAGAAGGCAAAGGAUAUAUCUAUUACUUAUACAUCAUAAUCCCGUAUGAGUACAUGCCUGAAGACUUGGCUUUAAAAUUCUGUUGUAUAUUUGUAUUCAUACCUUAAGGACACUUCCAAAGGAUGUUGAAUGAACUGAAAUACGUUAUACGUGGUAUUUCUAAAAUUUGAAUCCUUCUAUAUAUACUUCAUAGUGAGGUUUCAUUAAGUUUUUCAUUUACC